CUCGAUCUCGUCCUUUACCAACUGCCGACACCCAUCAUAGCUUGUCUUCGCCUCUGCUAACCCACCAUGCCGAAUGCCGCGCUAUCAUCAAGUCAGGCUACGGUUAACGGAGCCCUUGUCAUCACGGCUGUUUUCCCUGAUAUUACAAGGCUCCUCUCUCCCCCAAAAUGAAAAUCUGAAGACCUCUCUCUUUAAUAUCCCUCUAUUCAACACACUGGAUAUUAGGCACAAUGCUUCUCAACGAAGUACUUCCACUCCUAGUCCGAUACUGGCCUCUCGUACUCGCCUCUCUCAUCAUCAGCUAUCUAGUGAACAACAAAUUCUGGAAAGGCUUAAAUCGAUAUCCGGGACACUGGUUAGCUGGGUACACGAACUGGUGGCGCUUUUAUGAUGUUUGGGGACGGCGACAUGAAUGGACGAUAAUACGACUUCACCGCGAGCAUGGGGACAUUGUAAGGCUGGGACCGAACGUUCUUUCAUUUGGAGAUCCAAAGGCCAUCAAGAUCAUCUAUGGCCUGAACAAGGGAAUGACGAAGUCCGACUUCUAUCCUGUCCAGAACGCCGUAUCGAAAGGUCGACGCCUGCAAUCUCUAUUCUCUACCACUGAUGAAAACUACCAUGCGAAGUACCGCCGUUGCGUUAACAAUGCAUUCGCGAUGAGUUCGCUGGUCAACUACGAGCCCUUAGUUAGUUCGACGUUAGACGUCUUCCUCGAUCAGACCCAGAAACUUUACGCUAGAACGAACAAGAGCUGCAAUUUUAGUCAAUGGCUACAAUUUUUUGCAUUUGAUGUUAUUGGGGACUUAACAUGGAGCAAGAGGCUUGGUUUCGUAGAGGAGAAUAGAGAUGUGGAUGGAAUGGUCGCAUUCUUGAACAAAUUUCUCAGUUAUGCAGGGCCGAUUGGUCAAAUGCCCAUCCUUGAUCUCUUCCUCGAGAAGAAUCCUAUCCGCCUCCUAGCUCAGCGGCUCGGGCUUAAUAAAACCGUCUUCCCCGUGACACUUUUCGCCCAGACCCGCUCCAACGAACGAGCGGGCGAGAUCCAGAAGAUCAAAGCCUACGGACUCCCAGACAAUGAGUCGAACCCCCGCGGUGUCGACCUAUUAUCUAAGUUUGCUCAAGCCGCUCACGACCACCCAGAGUUCAUGACAGAUACCCAAGUUCUGACAUCCUGCGUCUCCAUGGUUUUCGCUGGCUCCGAAACGACCGGUAUAUCUCUAUCUAGCGUAUUCUACUUUUUGCUUAAGCACCCAAGGGUUUAUGCGAAGUUGAUGAAAGAAUUGGAUGACGCAGUCACAGACGGCAUCAUCGAGUCCCGGCCUAACAAGAGUGUGUCGUGGUCAGAAUCUCAGAAACUGCCAUACCUUGAUGCCGUAAUCCAGGAAUCCUUCCGUCUCCAUCCUGCUGCCGGCCUGAUCCUAGAGCGUAUUGUUCCACGACAAGGCAUGGAUAUCCUCGGUAAUUUCAUCCCCGGAGGAACAAUCGUUGGAUGCAACGCUUGGGUCUUACACCGGCGUCCAGAGGUCUUCGGUGGGGAUGUCGACGCAUUUAGGCCAGAGAGGUGGAUUGAAGCGAGUGCCGAGAAGCUCAAAGAAAUGAAGGCUACCAUGUUCCAGUUUGGGGCAGGUGCGCGGACGUGCAUCGGCAAGAAUGUGAGCUUGUUGGAGGUUUACAAGUUGGUACCGAGCUUCUUGCGCCGGUUUGAAAUCGAACUUGAGCGUCCAGAAAGCGAAUGGAAAACUCAUAAUGCAUGGUUUGUUCGCCAAAUGGAGUUCAAUACAAAAUUCAGACCUCGAGAAGUAUCUCCUUGAGGGGCUGAGCUGUUUGAGUUUGGAGAGGGAGGGAGAGAGGUAGAUAGGACGACAUGAAUGAGAGUGCAUGAAGGUGAUGAUGAUGAACGACACAUAUUCUCAAAUCAGCUGUUAUUACCAUGAGUCGUGAAGCUCCCUCUCCUUGUAGAAGUCUAGAGUGAAACUUCAACCUGGGCAAUGUGAUUGUAGGAUUCUGUUGUUAGGCCACGGCUGGAGCUGUAACUUCCAAGGCUGUUAGUUGGGCUUAGGAGGGUUCC